GUGUUUUGUCUACUUAUGUGCAAGGAAUUAAUUGUUAAAGGAAUGCCCUUAUAUUAAUAGUUUGUGGAGUUAUUUAAUCUUAUAUUAAGAAUCAUGUCAUAUUUUAUUCGUAUUUAUUUCGUCCAGUUCAAAUAAUUUUUCUUUUUAUGUACAGUAAUUGCAAGAGAAUAAUUGUAGAAACUGCCAAGGGGUAGUAACAGUUAAAACAUUACAACUAAGUGAAACAAUCAACGUCAUUUUAGACACUCUAAUUUUGAAGAUACUUAUGCGUGUUUUAUCUUAACCUUUCCACUGUUGAAAGACUCAUCAAGUUCUCGCGGCAUUUGACAGACAACUAAUCAAUUCAGCUGUAAACAAGAACACAGCCUUUACAACAGCUGCGGUCGCCAAGCGAUAGGUUAGUUCCGUAUCCUAGCAACCGAUUGUUUCCUCGUUCCGUUGUCGUACUUCAGUCCACCAGUCGCUUGCCCCUGAUUCAGCCGUUCCAACCGCUUGUGCUCAGCGAUGUUGUGGGGCUACGGUCCCGCGGUGGACAUCAUACAUGAGGUCAGUGACGUCAAGUAUUUGAUGGACAGAGAUGAAUUGAAUGUUUUAAUAAUCGGCUCUUCAGACGGGCGGCAUAUACUACAAACAAUAGCCAAGUAUUAUACUCAUCCAAAGAAGAAGGUAAACUUUUACGUGGCGGAAGUCAUGUUGGACAUGAUCGCGCGGACUAUGCUGCUUAUCCUGACGGCCCUAGAGCCUCCUGACAAGUUGGGACUUUUCGAGAAAACUCGCCUCUGGAUGGAAAUCUACGGCAACACCCUGACACGACCGAACACCAGCAAGUAUUUGGUGAAGAAGGCUCACCAGUUGGUACACAUGGUGACGGACGAGGCCUAUCUGUCUUUCCGCCUUCCUCUGGUCAGCAUCGGUAUGAUGAAAUACAAAGAGAGAGAUAAUAUGGAGACGAUCUUCCAGUUCUGGGCGAAGAACAGGUUCGAAAACGUGGUGAAGCUCUGGGACGGUCGGAUCCGGCAAAGUCUAGGCACCAGGUACGACUCCAAGGAGGGUGUCUUCGAUUGGGACUAUUUCAUGAGGCUCAAGGAGAUCCCGGAGGGCUCCAGGAUCAACCCGAGGGAGUACAAACACUGGCGGGCGACAGGGGUGGCUUUCACGUGGCUGGAGACUGAGGUCAGUGAGCCCAACCCGACACUCGCAUCUGGCAUAGUGAAGUUGGGACAUCGUCUGCUGAACCACGGGUACCUGGGGGACAUCGUGUCACCGCCCUACUUGGGCUUCGGCACGGACAGUGAGGACAAGGACAUGCUGGUGGCAAGAAACGGCGUCAACGUCCACAGAUCAACAGAUAUAGUGGAGGCAAAUUUGAGGCGAAUGUUCCACGAGCUCGCUACGCAGACGGAGUUCAAGCAGACGACGUCUUCGGACAAGGAGCUAGGGACAGUCAUCACUGAGUUGUCCGCGGUACAGGAGAUCCCCGAACGUGAGGAGGACGUCGAAGAGGAUGCAGAGAAACAAGAAGACUUCAGGAGGAGAGACGACUACACUUGUCUUCCGGUGGAGGGGACGAAGGUCGUGUUUCUUCCGACCUCAGCGCUGCUGGACCUCCCCCGCAAACCGAACUUGAAGAACUUCUUCGACCUGGUGAUGGUCUCCCAGAACUUGACCCAAAGGUUAAGUCCGGAGGUGAUGACGAUGGCUAAGGACGGUGCGAUUCUCCUGGCAGAAACUCGGAAAUUUCUUACCACCUCCACCAACAAGGAGAAACAAGACUUUGCCGAUCAUCUGAAGCAGCUGGCAGAAGAAAGACAGUGCAAACUUCUCCAUCCUGUUGACGGCGUUAAAGAUUACUUGGCUAAAUUUAAAGUUGUCAGGAAAGGUUGAAAAGUUUUAAUGUGUUUUUUACUUUUCUAUUUCCAAAAGUGACCGGGGGUUUAAAACGUCGAGAAGACCAUUCCUAAUUAAAAAUUAUCAUUUCUUUUUUGUAACUUUUUAUGUCUUUGUCAAUUAAUGACACAGAAGUACUAAAGCAAUGUUAAUUGAGGAUUUCACAACGUUCAAUUAACUUACCAGAAAAUGAUUUGAUACAUUUUGGUUCAUCUAGUUGUUAUGAUUGUAAAUCUGUCUUUAUAACUAUUGUGACUUGUAAUGUUAAAAAAAUUAUGAAUGUUUGUCUAAUUUAGUUCUAUUUAUGUGAUUUCCAACAAACAAUUAAUUGUUGGCUUAUCAUUGUGUACUGUGUCCUGAAUUAUACUAUAACUACAGUAUUUGAUCGAUGUCAAAUUAAAUGUGUAGUUUAUAUUAUGUGUA